AUGUGGGCCGCCAUUGAAGCCAUUUUCAAACACGUGUCUCAAACGGAUUCAUUUGCCACGGGAUCUACUCCUACUGGUGCUGAUGAGCAGUUCUCGUUUAUUUUGCUCGGCAUUACGGGCGAUCUAUCGAGAAAGAAAUUAAUGCCAACCCUAUUUUCACUAUAUCGACAAAAUCUAUUGCCACGAAAUAUUAAUAUCAUUGGAUACGCGAGGUCUAAGACUUCAGUGGAUGACAUCCGAAAGUCUGUCGACCCUUAUGUGGCCCUUAAGGACAAUGAAGAGAGAGCCCAAUACGAGAACUUCUGGAAACUUAAUUCAUAUUUUCACGGAAACACAGAUAAAGCCAGUGAUUAUGUGGCUGUUGAAGAGCACCUGAAAAUGUUAGAGACGGGAAAGGGAGCUGCGAAUAGGCUCUUCUAUUUAGCCCUUCCGCCUACUGUUUAUGCGGCCACCGCUUCGGCUCUACAUUCAGCCCUUAUGUCGCAAACGGGUUGGAAUCGACUCAUAAUAGAGAAGCCUUUCGGUCGCGACAGUGAGAGCUCUAACACAUUGUCCGAAGAAUUGUCAAAAUUGUUUACAGAGGACCAGAUCUAUCGCAUUGACCACUAUAAUCCGUUUCUUUACCAUGUCUUAAACGAAAGUAACUCCAAACAUUGCAGCUCUAUGAGAAGUUUCUCGGCAAACCGUGAGUCCGAAGGGGCGUUCGGCAUUAUUCGCGAUGUCGUCCAAAAUCAUUUGCUACAAGUGCUGUGUUUAGUGGCAAUGGAUAGACCGGAUACUAAUGACGCCGAGAAGAUCAGGGAUGAGAAGGUGAAAUUAUUAAAACAAAUGGAAAUUUUGGAUUUAAAAGAUGUGGUUUUGGGUCAAUACGUGGGUAAAGCUAAAGGUAGUGGUGAAUCACUGCUCGGAUACCUGGAUGACAAGGGAGUGCCUAAAGACUCAACUGCGGCCACGUUUUCAUUAGUAGUUCUGCACAUUAAUAACGAGCGCUGGAAAGGCGUCCCAUUUUUCAUACGAUCGGGAAAAGCAUUGAAUGAAAGUCGGGUUGAGGUUAGGAUCCAGUUUAAGGGCUACGAUAAUGACCUCUUUGAUGGUCAGUCCAAACACAAUGAGAUUAUAAUAAGACUUCAGCCAAACGAAGCCAUAUAUCAGAGACUCAAUAUUAAGAGACCGGGGAUGGGGUUCACGGUCCAGGAAACUGAACUAGACUUGACUUACGCGACCAGAUAUCACGUGAGAGCACCCGCACUAUUGCCGCAAACAUCUGAUUGUUUAAAGGCUGAGUUGCCGGACGCCUACGAGCGCCUACUUAUGGAUGUCUUCGAGGGCUCGCAAAUCAAUUUUGUGCGGACAGACGAGUUAAGAGAGGCCUGGCGUGUGUUUACACCCGCCCUCAACCACAUCGAUAACCAUAAGAUACAGCCCUUUCAGUACGAGUUCGGCUCUCAUGGACCUAAAGAGGCCGACGCUCUACAGGCCAGGUAUGGCCACAAACGCAGGAAUAACUGA